AUGUCUGAUCUGGUCUCACCGUUCUCUCUUCACCUCCUUCUGUGCUCCUCUAGUUCCUCAGAUGUACAGGCCCCUCUCUCGCUCCUCCCUCCACCUCCAUCUGCCUCCACCUCAGCACCACAUCCUGGAGCUGGUGACUCUCCUGUCCGGGAUGAAUCCACAGACGAGGAGCUGCCGGAGGCCACGCCGGACGAAGGGGACGGUCCAGCCUUCCUCCCUUCCACACCCCCUGCUCCUGGUCGUCUUGCCACCUUCCUCCCUUCCACACACACCGCUCACGUUGUCACCUCCCUCCCUCCCACACCCCCUGCAGCUGUUCGUGGUGCCGUAGAGUUGCUGCCUAAGUCCUGGCGGGCAGCUCUCUCUGCCGAGCAGCAGCAGUGGAUCAGUCGGGUGCUGUUUACCAGGGACAGCUCGGGGAGGUCUCGCCUCAUCAGCGACUUGAAUCUCUGGUGGUCACCUCCCCAAACCCGGCCGGUCUACAGCCAGCCUCCCGCAUCCCCCGAUCUCUUCUUUGCAUGUCGGCUGUUCCUCUGGAUGCCACACCGGAUUUGGCAUCAGCAGCUGACAUGCCCCCAGCCUUUGUGCACUGGGUCCAUGACAAAGGCUGGGUUGUACAGGACCAUCCGGAGGGUCCUGGACAUCGACGGCUGGUACCUCAUGGCCACCGAGUACCUGGAGUGCCGUCGGUGUAAGAAGAAGGUCGGAGGGUGGUCGCAGGGCAUCAUCCGGCAGCUGGCCCCCCAGUACAGCUGCCAGUUCCCAGCUGUACUCACGUACAAGCUGUCCUGUGACUUGAGGGUGGUUGUACAGCUGAGGUCUCGCACUCUGGGCAACAGUGCGAGUCGGCUGUACAACACCCUGCGCGAGCAGCACUCGGAGACCUGGAUGCGGAGAGCGAUCCAGUACCUCGGCGUGUGCGAGCAGUUCCUGGCCUUGUACUCGGCGAGGGGGCAGACACCACCACCACCACCCGAGAUGCCCCCUGUACCAACACCCGUGUGGCUGAUGACGGUCUUCACCUACGAUGUGCUGUCGCGGCUGGAUGAGUACAAGGCCAGGAUCACUUCCACCUUCGGGUCCAUCUUAAAGAUGGAUUCCACUAAGAAGGUGACGAAGAAGCUCGCUGGUGCCGCCUCUGACACGGCCACCUGCGUUACCAACGUCGGUAACGAGCAUGGGCAGGUCCUCAUGAGCGUCCUCACCUGCUCCGAGGGCACCGGGGGCCUGUCCAGGAUGGCGACCGGCUUAAUGAGGCGGUACCGACUCGCCGGGGUACCCCCUCCCCAGCUCAUGUACGUGGACCGCGACUGCUGCAACAGAGACGGCGUGUCGAAGACAGCUGACUUGUUCCAGGAGUGGGAGCAGCUCGUGGUGAGACUCAGCAUCUGCCAGCUGAUGCGACGCUUCGCAUCAGGUGUCACCACUGAGGCCCACGAGCUGUACCCCACUUUCAUGGGGCAGCUGUCUCGCUGCAUCUUCGAGGUCGACCCCGAAGAUGCCCGCCGUCUCACCGAGGCUAAGCGGUCCGAGCUGGAGGAGAAGCGUGGGAUGGUUGGCCUGAGUGACGCCGAGGUGAUCGAGGAGAUCUCCAAACGGGAAUGGAGGCUCCACUGUCGGAGGAGGACACGUGGGGCAGAGGUGUCGACCCUCCUCAUACAGGAUCUCCUCGAUACCUUCGGCGGACCAGCAGGACGCAACAGCCUGGACAUCCCGUUGCUCGACGCUCUCUGCAUGCAGGACAUAUGGAGUACGCAGAGGCCCCAUCUCAGCUACAUCCAGGACCCACCAGGGGUGCAGCUGUACACCCAGACCGGCAGGCUGACCAAGGGCGGAGUCAUCCUGCCGGUUUAUCGCUGCGCGAGGGGCUCCACGUCGUUGGAGUCCUUCCACCUCCACCUCAACCGGUUCAUCCCAGGUACUCGUGUCUCUUCGAACAGGUUGUGA